AUGAGGGUAUCGCAGCUGGUGCUACUGCAGCAUAGCUGUGGCUUACCGCAUGUCAGCGAACCUGGUCCGCCGACCGCCGAGGAUGAUGACCUGAGCCGCGCAGCCCGCCUCAUCACGCAAGGCGCCUUCCUAGACGCCGUACGAACUGUCCCGGCGAUAAAAGCCCUCCUCGACUGCAGCUCUGAAACUGAAGCCGUACAUGACGUGGAGUCGUACUACGCGCUCGUGCGCCGCCGCGCGGCGGCUGCAGUUGAGGAAGCUAUCUCAGCGCAAAGAGCCGGGGACGUGCGUACGGGCUCUGAAACCGCGUCUGAUGCAGCCGUCGCUCCGGAACCAAACCUGGAUUCGAAUGUUGGUGGUGUAGAUUUGCGUCUGGAGGCUGUUCUGGUGGCCGGAAUCGCCUGUCUGCACAUCUUCGGACAAAACAACCUCACCGGGCCGUUAUAUGAGGGCCCUCCACCCAGCCCACUCCACUGGUUUGCCUCGGCCGCUGUCGCAAGGCACGCAGCGGAGCCACCGCCACGGCCGCCACCCGCCGUCACCGCAGCCGCGAUCGCCGCCGCCGUCGGGGGCGGAAGCGCUGGCGGCGGCACCGCCGCCGCAGGCAAAGCCGAGGAGACGCACACCUGUACGACAACUCCGCCAUCGGGCUCCGGAACCAGCCAACCUGCGGACGGGCUGGCUGGUUUGGGUAUCGACUCUCUGAGUCGCGGCGACCGCUGGGCGCAGGAGCAGCUACAGCUGGACGGUGAGGACCUGGUGGGGCGCUGCCCCGCGAUUCAAUGGCUACUCCUCGCACGAGUGCUGUUGCUGGACAGCCUCAAUACCCACAGCACCCACACCCUCGACAAGGCGACGGCGGCGGCGGAGGGAGAGGGAGAGGAGAUGGAGGCAGCAGAAGGGAAGCAGGAACAGGGCGGUCCUGGGGGGGGGCCUGCAUCGGGGGGUUCCGGAGCCCCCGGUGUAUGCUGGUCUGAGUGGGUGUGGUGUUGGCCUUGGUGGGCCCUACGCUGUGUGAUGAGUCAGCAGCACGUGCUCGAGGGCCGCUCGCAUUCGCUGCUGUCGGAGGCGUCGCAGCUGAUUGCGGCGCUGGUGAGCCCGGAGUGUCCUUGGACCCACCAUCAUCCGGCUUCGGACCCCAGGCCCUCGCGACCCACGGGUCGCGAGCUCGCUGCGCUGGGCGGUGUACUCCACUUGGAGAUGGCGCUGUGCCAGUACUUGUACGGCUACGUGGAUGCCGGCCGGCAGUAUCUCGUACGGGCAGGACAGAUGCUGGGCUUGGAGCCGCAGCUAACGGGGGCCAUGGGAAAGAGGACGGUGCACCAAAUAGAUCCAAAGGGCUAUGGCGGGGCAGCAGGGGCCCAGUUAGUGGUGGUGACCUCGGAGUCUCUGAGAGCAGCCCCUCCCGCGGAUAGUACGGAUGAGCCCGUCGAGCUCUUGGGUAGGGCUAUCUGCAGUAAGCGGUGGCGGUGCUGGCGGCGGUACUCCCCUCCCGAGCAGGCCCUGCUGUUGGCCUGGGCCACCGCCGUGAAGAAGGGCAGCAGCGCGGAUGAGCUCCAGGGGUGGCAGAUGGCGCCCUGGGUGGAGGCGGUGCUGGGGCAGCCCCGGGGGGUGUUCAUGACGCUGGCAGCGGCCAAACUGAAUAAGACCCGGCAUGAGAGAACCCGGGGUCGAACCAAGGAGAGAGCGCUUCUGCAAAUGGAUCAACUCACGGAGGCUGUUACGGGGCUGCCGCCGCCGCCGCCGCCAGCGGCAGCGGCAGAGGUGGCGGCGGCCGACGGCAGUACCAGGGAGUUGGAGGAGCCUGAGUCGUCCUCCUCCUCAGCCCCCGCCGCCUCGGGGGGGUCCGCCGCCACCGCCAGCGCUGCGGUGGAUGCGACGGCUGCAUCUGCUGGAGCGGUUUCGGAGGCGGCGGCGGCGGUCUCCGGGCGACGUGCCGUACUGAGCUGGGCGGUUUGGUUUCCGCUGCAGGUUGGCGUCAUAAGGGCGGGAGGUGUGACUUGCUUGGCUGGCUGGUGCUGGCCUCUAGGGUUUUGUGUCAAGCUGAAGCGGGAGGCGGCCGAGCACUACGUGUCCAUGGGCCUAGUGGGUGCCGCCAUCCAGGUGUUUGAGUCCGUGGAGCUGUGGGACAGCGCCAUCACCUGCUACCGGCUUAUUGGCAAGAAGGCGCUUGCGGAGGAGCUGAUUAAGAGGAGGCUGGGUACGACACCGGACGAUCCGAGGCUGUGGUGCGCGCUGGGCGACUUGCACCUGGACGACAGGUAUUAUGAGGAGGCGUGGAGGCGCUCCGGCCAUCGCCACACUCGCAGCCAGCGCAGCCUGGCGCGGAGCGCGAUGGGGAGGAAGUGGGCAUGGUUCUCUGCCGGCUUCUGUUACCUGAAGCUGAACAAGCACCGCCAGGCGCUGAGGGUAGGGGGGUGGGGUGGUAGGAAGGGGGGUGAGGCGGUUUCUUCUUUUUCCUCAGCCAGCCAGUUAAAACUUCGUUUAGAAGCACGCGCAUGUAUUCUGGUUCUUUAUUGCACCCUGCUCACUACCUUGCUACCCUUCUGCUUCGCAUGUGCCCUUGCCGCUACUUCUGCUGCCUGGCCAGGCCGGCGGCAAACGUUUUUCCAGCUUCACGCCUUCACCCGGGUGACACAGCAGGAGCCGGACAACGGGGAGGCAUGGAACAACAUCGCGGCGCUGUGGAUGCACGUCGGAGGCUACAAACCGGCGUUCGCCGCUCUGUCGGAGUCUGUACGACACAAACGUGACUCCUGGCAGACCUGGGAGAACUACGCGAGAGCUGCCCUGGCCUCGGGACACUACCAACAGGCCGUACGGGGCCUGCAAACGGCGCUCAAGCUCAGUUCGGGUCAUCGUUUGUUUGUCGACGUGGCGUCCGGACUCCUGGACGUGCUGGAGGGGAGACCGCCGCCGCGGGACGGGGGCACGUCGAUGGCGGCGGCGGCGGCGGCGGCGGCGGAGGGGCUGCGAGGCGUGGCGGCGGAAGCGGGGGAGGACGAGGCGGCGUUGGGAGUUCCCUUGCUGCCCCUUCUGGCCGACAUACCCCUCAACCACCCGGACCAGCAGCUGCAAGCGGGAAAAGGGGGGGGAGGGGAGGCGGAGGCAGAGGCGGCGGUGGCGGCGGCGAAUCCGACGGCCGCCCCCCGCACCACCACCACCAGCAGCAGUAAUCCCCCCGCUGCGGAUGUGUUGCUCUCGGGUCGCGAGCGGGAGGUGGUGGUGGGGGGCCUGGGGGCUCUGCUCCGCGAGGCGGUGAACAGCCCGGCGGCCAGCGCGGCGCUGUGGGGGUGCUUGGCCCGGUACUGGGCGCUGCGGGGGGAGGUGGACAGCGCUAAGGAGGCGCGGAUUAAGCAGGUCCGCGGCCUAGCCAGUGGCGCCUACAAGUCGGAUGCUGCCCGCUUCACAGAGUACGGCGAGGCCUCCGAUGCCUUAUGUCGCUGUUACCUGGACUGCUACAAGCACGGAAAACCCGGUGCCCUAGGUACUCCAGGGGCCACCGUAGGGGUGUGCCGGUUUGUGAUGUUCAUCCGUCGUCUUCCCCGUGUUGCCCAUGACGACGCCCCUCCUUCCCCCUUUUCUCCUGGGGGCCUUAAGGAUCUGGCGGCGGGCCGCAUGCACCUGAGGGGGUUGCUCAGGGCGACGGCGGAGAACUUCGGCGACCACCCCAUCACGGCAAAGCUUCAGGCGUUGCUAGACGAGAUCACGCAAUUGGAGGACGAGGCCGUGGCCACUAGCAGAGCAGCAGCGACGGCCAGGAGCUGA